AUGGCCAAAAGUUCUGGAGAGACUAAGUUCACUUUGAAACUUGUCGUUGAUGAAGAGAGAAAAAAGGUUGUUUUCGCUGAGGCUUGUAGGGACUUUGUUGAUGUGCUCUUCAGUCUUCUGACACUGCCUAUGGGCACCAUUGUCAGAUUGCUUGAGAAUCAUCGUAAAUCUGAGCCUGUGCCUGUUGGUUGCUUUAGCAAUCUCUAUAAAAGUGUUGUGGAUAUGGGCACUGAUGAUUUUGAGACUGAAGCUUGUAAGCAGAUACUCCUUUAUCCGAGGAGUUUGAGAGAUGUCCAGUGCAAAAGGCUUAAGCUCAACUUACACCCUGCUGAGGGAUACAAGUGGUUCUCUUGCGGUUCUUACAACUGUGACAUGUGCAGUGGUUUUAGCACUUCUCGAUGUCGUUGUGGAAAGUUGAUGAACAAAGAGACCCCGAUGUCAGGAGCAAAAGUUGUAGACUACAACAUACAAGAUGGAGUAUUUGUUAGAGGCAGGUCUUCAUUCAUCAUAACUGACGACUUGAAAGUGGCAGUUCGGUCCACUGACCUUGUCUUGAGAAAGCUCAAAUCUGUAGGCUGUGGUGAUCUUCGUAAGGUUUCGGAAAGGAUUGUUGAGAUUGGUUUAGAUGAGGUCAUGACACUACUGGAAUGUAUCUUCUCCUCAAAUGCUUCCUUGACGGACACUUUCCUCAACAAGCAAAGCCCAAAAGGUGUGAUGAAGCCAUGCACUACGCCAAGUCCGUAUAUGGAAAAAGAAAUAGAAGCUAGACCAGAAGAAAUAAUAACUUUCAGUGCCAUCGUGAGGAAACACGAUAUGAAGAUUUUAUAUGUUGAAUGCAAAGAAGACUUUGUUGAUCUUCUUUUCACUUUUCUUGCUGUUCCGCUGGAAUCUGUAGUGGAUAUCUCUGGUGAGAGCUCCACUCUUGUGUGCCUUGGAAACCUGUUCAAAGGCUUCAAGGAGUUGAGUGCUACAGAAGUUUCAAGAUCCAAAGCUGUGCUCCCACAUUACUAUAAAUGUCAGAAGCAGUUGCUCGAUAUCAUCACUGAGCGGCCUCAGCUCUUAUUUAGAGCCAGCGACGACGAACUUCUGGAUCUAAUUGAUCCAAAAUCUCAUGGACGUGACCAGUCAAAAAAAGGUAGCGGAUUCGUGAAGAGAGACGCAAGGUUUACAGUAUCAGAUGAUCUGAUCAUAACCCCAAUGAACUCAAGCUCAGCUCUUUGUUUUCUGAAGAAGUUGGAGAGUCCAACAGAGGAUAUACAGGUGCAAGAAAUAAGCAUCAGCAAAACACAGGCAGCAAGUUUGUUGAGAGCUUCCUUGGUGACAUCUUCUGCACUGAACGCUGCGUUAUGGAACUCGACUUCGAAGAAACGGAAGCAAGAGACUUGAAGAAACCACAUUCUCCAUCUCUUUUGCCAUCUCUGUUUGUUUUCUUUUUACAUUAUUUCCUUAGCUACUGUGGCUAUUAUAUCCUAAAUGUGAGAAACUACAGCUUUAAUUCAAAAAUCCUGUUACGUUUUUUGAAAGAAUUAUAAUUCAUGUUAUGUUUAUUUUACAUUACCCCAUUCUUGUAAU